AUGCUAGAGUCAACCGGCCUUGACGGCGUUGUGAAUACUUUCCCUCUCCUGGUUCGAGCUAUCCGUGAUGCCAUUGGUGACGACAAGAUUCUCUCGAUCGCAACUCCAGGACUCAAGCGCGAUAUGAUUGGAUACACUGCUGAAAAUGGCCCUACGGUUUUCGGCGCCGUCGACAUGGUCAAUAUCAUGAGCUAUGAUUUGAUGAAUCGACGUGACAACGUUACCAAACAUCAUACAAGCAUUAAAGACUUAUUGGAAACAGUCAAUAACUAUCUUGACAUUGGCAUGAACGCAACAAAGGGAAACCUAGGUAUUGCAUUUUAUGCCAAAUACUUCACUACCGACCCAUCCUCUGAUUGUGCUACUAACCCAGUCGGCUGCGCUAUGGUGGAACUUGAGGAUGCUAAUGGUCAAGACACCGGCAAGUCUGGUGCGGUGACCUUCGAGACUAGUCCUGAGGUUUCAAGCUUCUCCAUUACAUCGUCAUGGAGCAGAGCCAAAGCUAACGGUAUAACCGAUGAAGACGCUGGUAGACAGUAUUAUUGGGACAGUGAUGCGCAGCUAUUUUGGACUUGGGACACUCCAGAUUUGAUCACUCAAAAAUUUGCCGAUAUUAUUGCCGCGACAGGUUUGGGAGGUGCCAUGGCAUGGAGCUUGGGUGAAGAUAGUCUUGAUUGGAGCGAGCCUAAGGCGAUCAACUCUGGUGUUGCAGCCGCACCGUAA